UUCUAUUUUCUUAACAAAGACAGAUGGAUUUAUCAAAAAAAAAAAAAAAAAAAAAAACAAAGACAGAUGGAUAGUUAUGAAAAGAAAAACAGAGGCUACUAUUUAUCAAGUAAUUGUGUAGUCAAAAUUAUCGGUCAAAACUAAAUAGUUUUAAAGCUUAUAUUUCGUGUAUGUUUUUGAAAUGUUAAAGUAUGUGUAUUUGUAUAGAAUACAAUAUGAGAUUGGUAUAGUACUAUGAAACAUCUCUAUAAUUAUACCUUUUAUUCUAUAAUUAUGCCUGCUAUGAAACUGAAUAUGUACCCUUUUUAGUAGUACUCUUUAUAUGAAUACCAAAUUAUGUGCGUUAAUUUUGAAUUUGGGUCAUUUUAAAUAGUACUUUUAUAUUUAUUUUCCCACCCCAAUUAAAACGAGGAUAAGUAUUUUAAAUUUUAUUUUUUAGAAGAUUAUCUUAAUCAUCACUACAUACUCAAUUAUCAAACUAUCGUUUGGCAUUUAGUAAUUAUGAUAAAUUGUUAUGAUUUUUAAAAAAUAAUUUCAUAUUGAGUUUUAAUAACUAGACUAAAUAAGGAUAGUUACAUGUAUUAUUAUAUUACCAUUAUCCCAAGAAUAGCUGUUGCGCAUUUGUGACAAAGCUAAUAUAAGAUCUCGCUACGUCCAUCUUUUUGAGCAAACAUUAUAUAUAAUAUUUUUUCUCUUAAAUAAAAUAUAUCAAAUUCUAUCUUUUUGUAUGAAAGUUCAGGAGGCAACUCCAAAAUACACAAACUAGGUAGACUUUUGUAAUAAUAUUAAUAUUUGUUCUAGAUCAUUUUCAAAUGUAUUUCAUAUUCUUGUGAGCUAGACCCUACCAUCUCGUGGUCUUAUCGUCCAGAAACUAUAGAAUAAAGAUACUAAUAAUAUGUCAACGGUUUUUGGUAAGGAGACGAGUUAGGAAGAAGAAGUCAGUCUCCAAGAAUUUGACUCAGAACAAUACCAAAGUUGGUUUAAUUCGUCAAAAUAUCAAUUGUAGACUAUUCAUUUCAACGUCUCAUCAAACACUCGUAUAUAUAAAUAUACCUAAACCCACCAACAUGAAAAAACCACCACAACUUACCAAAUCCUGAAACAUCGAUUCCUCACAUUUAAUAUCUGCCUAUUGUCAGAGAGAACAUCAAGAUUCAUCAGGUAAAUUACAUACAUCUCGUGAGUUUUCGUUCUUUUAUAAGUUCGUUGUAUAUAUUAAUUGAUAACAUGGCAAUGUCUCAUUUGCAGUGCAUACGGAGAAGAAUGUCGCCGACGAUGAUAGCUCCGGUGGUAGUGGAAGAGAACAAUAGAUACCAGAAAGGCGUGAAACAUCUUUGUGACAACGGUCUGACCAAAGUGCCAACCAAAUAUAUAUGGCCCGAACCUGACCGACCCAUCUUCACAAAAUCCGACAAGCUCACCAAACCAAAACAAAACUUAAAGCUUCCCAUCAUAGAUUUCGCCGAGCUCCUAGGGCCUAACCGGUCUCAUGUCCUACGAACCAUAGCCGAGGCCUGCGAAACCUACGGAUUCUUCCAGGUGGUGAAUCAUGGAAUGGAGGGAGACGUGAGCCGGAACAUGAUAGAAGUGUGUAAGAAAUUCUUUGAGCUUCCGUACGAGGAGAGAUCAAAGUACAUGACGUCAGACAUGUCGGCUCCAGUACGGUAUGGUACCAGUUUCAACCAGAACAAAGACAAUGUCUUUUGUUGGAGAGACUUCUUGAAGCUUUAUGCACAUCCUCUCCCUGAUUAUCUUCCUUAUUGGCCUUCUUCUCCAUCCGAUUUCAGGAGUUUGGCGGCUACCUACGCGACAGAGACGAGAGAGAUGUUCGAGAUGAUGGUGAAAGCCAUCAUGGAGAGCCUUGAGAUAGACGGUGACGACAACGAGGCAGCGAAGGAGUUGAAAGAAGGUAGUCAGAUGGUGGUCGUGAACUGUUAUCCACCGUGCCCAGAGCCGGAGCUGACGCUGGGGAUGCCACCUCACUCCGAUUACGGCUUCUUGACACUUCUUCUUCAAGACGACGUUGAAGGGCUUCAGAUUCUGUACCGUGACGAAUGGGUCACUAUUGAUCCCAUCCCUGGCUCUUUUGUCAUCAACGUUGGCGAUCAUCUCGAGAUAUUUAGCAAUGGGAGGUACAAAAGCGUGUUACAUAGGGUAUUGGUGAAUUCCACAAAGCCUAGGAUAUCCGUGGCAUCGCUGCAUAGCUUCCCUUUGACUUCGGUCGUGAAGCCAUCACCGAAACUCAUCGACGAACAUAAUCAACCGCAGUACAUGGACACCGACUUUGCCACAUUUCUUCAGUAUAUAUCUACUCGUGAACCCAAGUGGAAGAAUUUUCUUGAAUCACGCAAGAUUCACCAUCUAUAAAAUGACGAUAAAGAUUAUCAUUUUUCUUCUUCUAAUGUUAAUAACAUUAAGGUGGAUUAGAUAAUGUUAUAGAUUUAUGUUAUGCAUGGUUAAAAGAAAAAACGACGAACAAAAAUACG